GGAUCAUAAAUUGGGAAUUGAGAAGCCCUUGGAGAUGGAGAGAUUGAGACUAAGAUAAGGAAAGUGACGUGUCCAAAGUCCACGACUCCUCAAGUGGGGAAAUGAUUCUCCAAAUAGUCAGGGCACUCUUCAAAGGUUAUCUGAAAAGCCCUAGCACUUAACACCAUACAGUGCAUACCGUAGGAGCUCAAUAAAUGUUGACAAGAUUGAAUUACCGAAAGCAAAAGUCACUUUUCGGGAACGUGAAUAGGGACUCUUGGCCCUUGGCGGACUCCGUCCCAGGCUACGGGCUCGGAGCUCCGACGGUUACUGUGACGGCGGCGGCUGAGGAUCGGCGGUCCCGCACCCCUCGCCGAGCGGCCGCGGCGGCCCAGUCACCUGCCGGCCCGGGGCAAGGCCUCGCGGAAGCGGAAGAGGGGUGUGGACGCGACCAGGGCGGCGGCGGUGGCUGCAGCAGCAGCAGCAGCAGCAGGAGGAGGACUGCGGGGAGCGGCUGGUGGCCGCGGUAGCUACAGAAGAGGCGGCCGAGCCAAGGCGGCCCAGGCCGAGGGGAGCGCGGCCCCCGGUGCCCCCGAUGAGGAUCCUGAAACUGAAGAAGUUAAGUGACUUCGGCAGGGUUACACAGCUAGUGAGUGCCUGAGGUGGGUUCAAACACAGAUCGUGCUGACCUCAGUCCAGGACUUGAGCCACUACACCAACCUGCCCCAGGCUUUCAUGGAGAACUGUUAUUGAAGAUGGAUCCAUUUGGUCAGAUGUAGUAUUAAAGAAUGAAGAAAGAAACAAAUUUCUAAUUAGUGCUACAAAUUACAAGUAAUUGCCACCUCAGCAAAUUUGCUAUUGAGCUGUUGAAGACAACUGUUUCUUCUCAUACACUCAAAUUAGAAGGAUUAUGCUGUGCUACCUUCAACUAACCAGGAUCACCUUUCCUUGUUGACUAGUAGUCACAAAAUUAUACAAUGGGUCUACGGAUUCACUUUGUUGUUGACCCACAUGGUUGGUGCUGCAUGGGUUUGAUUGUCUUUGUCUGGUUAUACAAUAUUGUCAUAAUUCCCAAAAUUGUCCUCUUUCCUCACUAUGAAGAAGGACAUAUCCCAGGCAUAUUAAUAAUAUUCUUCUAUGGUAUUGCCAUGUUUUGUUUGGUGGCCUUAGUGAGAGCCUCAAUAACUGAUCCAGGAAGACUCCCUGAAAAUCCAAAGAUUCCACAUGGAGAAAGGGAAUUUUGGGAAUUAUGUAAUAAGUGUAAUUUGAUGAGACCAAAGCGUUCCCAUCACUGCAGCCGAUGUGGUCAUUGUGUUAGGAGGAUGGAUCAUCAUUGCCCAUGGAUUAAUAAUUGUGUUGGUGAAGAUAAUCAUUGGCUUUUUCUGCAACUAUGUUUCUACACAGAGCUUCUUACUUGCUACGCAUUGAUGUUUUCUUUCUGCCACUAUUACUACUUUCUACCAUUAAAAAAGCGCAAUUUGGAUCUCUUUUUAGUUAGACAUGAAUUGGCCAUAAUGAGACUAGCUGCUUUCAUGGGGAUAACUAUGUUAGUUGGAAUAACUGGACUCUUUUAUACACAACUAAUUGGCAUCAUCACUGAUACAACAUCUAUUGAAAAGAUGUCAAAUUGUUGUGAAGAAAUAUCGAGGCCCCGAAAGCCAUGGCAGCAGACCUUCUCAGAAGUUUUUGGCACUCGUUGGAAGAUCCUGUGGUUCAUUCCUUUCAGGCAGAGGCAACCACUGAGAGUUCCCUACCACUUUGCCAAUCACGUCUAAACAGAUGGAUGGUGGGCACAGAUGGGUCCUCCAUGCUGGAAAUGCGUUACAGGUUUUAUGAUAAUAGAACUAUGACAGUCUUCAAGUCAAUUAAAAUCCACCCACCAAUCUUAGGCAUCAUAAUGUGCCCCAGGCUUUAUUUUAAUAGUGAUCUUGAUCCUGUUGUGGGACUGAUACAAGAUCUAUAUUUAAGUUUUAAAGCGUGUUUACUUUCAAAUUAGCUUUCCACAGGGAUUUCUUUAAACUCAUUUGUUGUUAAACUCAAAAGGUAAUGAUUGAGAUGAACUAAUUGUACUUGGUUUCUUUUAGUACAAACUAUUAGUAACUUUAUUUUGUGCAAAAUUACAGAUGUUUACUUAAAUUCUGCAUUUUCAAAUAGUAUGAUCAGAUCUGAAUUUUUUCAGGGUUAUUUUUUUUUAAACAGACCUUCUAUGCAGAUUUUCUUUUCUACUGUAAUUGUAAAUCUUUAAUGCCUCCUUUUUCUUUAUACUGCAUGAUAUUAACCAUACAGCAUAGCCCUGAAAACAGGCAGUAUAUUUUAUAAGAAGCAAAUUUCUUCCUAAUGGUCCCCUCCAAAUUUUUCCUACUUCUUUCCCCCAAAAAAGGUCUUUUAAAAGAAAGACUUAAAAUUCACAUCUUUUAAGUAUGACAUUUCAAGAAAAGAAAAAAAAAAUAACCUGCACAUUUUUACUAUUAAGGUUAUCACACUUGUGUUGAUAAAAGAUAUUUAGGGCAAAGACCAGAAGGAAAUAGACAUAUUUUCUUGUUUUCCACUGAAAUUUGUUUUGUUUCUAGUAAUUUAUGAUAAUUUCAUUUCUACCUUUUCUCACAUUAUGAUUCAUACAUUUGGAAAUAUCACUUUAAUUUUAAUAUAUAUAUAGUAUAUAGAGGAAUAUAUGUGUUCAAAAAUAGGCAAACUUUUAUCUUCUAAUAGAACUACAAUUGCUUUUGAGUGUUUAUAUUUAAGAAUAUUGACCAGUGAAAUAUUUUUAAUGUAUUAUUUUAUAUACUUACUGUUGUUACAGAUAAGUAACCAAUUUCUGGCUGUCACUAAACAAAACUGGAAUUCAAUUUUAAUUGGCUAACUGAAUUAGAGCUUAAAUAUUAUUUUGUGGUUAUUGGGGUUCCUUUUUAUUAGAAAUGGCUACUGUUAUGAGAUGGACUUAAGAUCAUUAGGGAAAUAUAAUUGUUUGCAACUUAUAUUAGCCUUUCUAAUUUUUACCAAAUUAAAAUACGAUCAUAGUGAUAGUCUAUGUGGAAGACAGGGAUAUGGGGGGGUAAAUAGCAUGUUUUGAGGAGUUACAUAUGUUUUAUUAUAGCAUUUUUUUAAAAACCACGUUUUACUUUUUGGCAUUUUUCACCUGUUUACCUUCUAAUAUGUUGGUUUUUUGCUUUCUCUUAUCUUGCUGUUCAGGUAAGGGGAAUCAUGAAACAGAAAUUUGACAUAGCCUGAAAUUUCAUUAUAGACAUUGCUUUGAGAUAUUGUAUAUAGCCUUUAAAAUAUUCUGUCGUAAGAGUAAUAGCCCAAGAAAUAUUGGCACCAUGUUUUCAUGGUCUGAAUAUAGUGCUUAAAAAAAAACUUAUUUAAUAGAAGCAAGUGAAGGUAUUUAUUGGUGCUGACAGGGUACAUAGUUUAAUAUAAAAAAUAACCUUGUUGUUCCUGGCCAAGUGCUAAGAUAGCACUUACAAGAACUAUUUAAAUAAAGAAUUCAUGUGAAACCAGGCAAAUAAUCAGGAUUCUCUACAUCCUAUAUGCUAAACAAAUUUUACCUGAUUGAUAAUUGGACACUUGGAGAUAUGAAGCCAGUUCUAGCCAAUACAUAAAUGUCAGAACAGUUCUUUGUAAGCCAGGACCAGAAGGAAGCAAUAGGUCCUCUUGGAGAGCUCACAGAUAGGAUACAUAGGAAGGAGGAUAUGUUUAUACUUUGUACACUGAAGGGAGCCACCCAGGAGGACACCUAGGAGAGAGCUACCAUUGCUACUUUUAAAUUAAAGUGAAGAAGCCAAAGCAUCACUGCCUUCUCAAAGGACAAGGGCUGAGGCUGGUUGGGUUUGGGACCCAGGGUAGAGGAGGUAAGGAUUGCUUACAUUAUGUUCCAGAAUAGAAUUGAAAGUGUAAAAUGGGAGACCUCUCACUCUUUCCUCCUUCUUUCCUGUUCUUCCAUCUAUAUAACUAUACUACUCUGGCCUUAACACUAUCUCUGCCAGACCCAUGGAACACAAACCCAAGGACCAGGCAAGGAAUUAUAUUAUUUAUUUCAGUGGCAGAUGUAUUACAUAUCAGUAUAUAUGUAUUUACAUACAUAUAUACUCAUAAAGAAUACAUGGAAAUACUAUAUUUUUCAACAUUCCCAAAUUGUCCAAGUAGCACAAAUUUAUCCUGUGAUUCUUGAUAUUCAUCUAUUAGAAAAAAUAACUAGAACAGUCUCCAAGGUAGAGCACAAACUCUGAUGUUCCCUAUGCGCCCUCUUUUGGCUAACUGAUGCAAUUAUAUUUAAUGACUUGAGAGAUUUGUUCUUUUACCUUGGUUGUGACAACUAAGGAACCAAACUUUUUCAGUGAUGGAAAACUAAAUUUUAACAAAAGCAUAUAGGGAAAACAGCCUUUUAGAAUGAAUGUAUAUAUAUGUAUAUGUGAGUUUCCAGUUAAUAAGUUAUUGUGUCUCACUUAAAUAUAUUUUAUAUUAUUAUUUAGUCAUGUUUUUAUUAUAAAUUUUCAGAUAAUAUUUCAUGGCCAUAAUCAUGAUUUUUCUUUUGAGCUAGAUACAGUAUUGACAAUUUCUUAAUUCUCAAGAAUUAGAAGAAUUUUACUUUACUGCAAGAUUGCUAAUGCAUGGAAAAAUCUAUUAAUUUUAUUUGAUUAAUCUAUUUGAGGGAGUUAAAGAUGAAUACUGAUACUGCAAUUAAAUCAACAAGUGUAGGCAUUCAGCGCUUUAAAACAUUUAAAUGAUGAUUUUUUUCCCCUAUCUCUUUUUAAAAGUUUACAUAUCUAAUAAGAAAUGUAUUCUGUUUUUCAUUUUUGUCUUUUCAUUGAGAAUCUAAAUCACUUUAAUAUUUUUAUCUUUAAUAUUUGAUUAAUUUAUUGUAAGCUUUAUAUAAAUAUUAAAACAAUAUAUGUUAAGAACUGGAAAAGAAUUACUGGCAGUAGAAAAGAUAUGAUGCCACUAGCAUUAUGGCUGAUAGACUCUGCAUGUUGCAAAAAAGUAAUUCUUUAGAAAUACCUCAUUUUUUUAAAUGAAAUAGAAUGUGUCUAAGGAGGUACUAGUCCCAGAAAAGUCAUUGGGGUCAUUAAAAAUAAAGUUUUUACCUUUUUCUAGUGUAAAAAUUGGAAAACUAGGCCUCCCAAGUAACAAAACUUAUCACUGUUUUUAUUUGCAAGCAGAUUUACUUAUGUAAGAUAUAAUACUUAGCUUAGUGUGUACAAAUGUAUAUGGCACUGCCCUGAAGUACUCAGAGUAUAUUUAUGUCCCAAAUUUAGUUUAAAAAUGCGAAUGAACCAGCUUUCUGUUAUGAGAAAUCUAUUGUUCUAUUUAACAAUUAUGCUGAAAAAUUAUUUUGGUUGACAUAAAGAAUUUAAAAUUUCAGUUAAAUCUUUAAUCUUAAUUUUUCUGCAAAAAUCGUGGUUUACUUUAAAAAGUAACAAAUAUUGAAUAUGAACAGGAUUUCAGUAUUCUUAACUUAGUAAGUUCUUUUCUGGCAGAAUUAAAUUGAAUGCCUUUAAAAUUCCAUGUCAUUGAUGACUUUAGUGAUGGCAUGUUAAUUAUAACUUUUAUUUGUUAAACUUUUCCAAGUUACUUUUACACAAAUCACUAGUUUUCGAAAGCUAUGUACUUGUCAACUCCAUUAUUUCUGAAUGUGGAUCAUAAGCUUUUGUCUGACUACUCUCCCGGGCAAAAAGAAUAAACGACUUUAAAUAAUGGCAGUAUAGACAGAUUGUAGGUUAUUCCAUUGCUCUUGUAUGUAUAGGUGUUAAGAUUUUACUCUAUCAAUUGUUUAAAAUAUAUGGUUUUAUAGAGGAUAAUAUGGCCCUUAAUCAUACGGCAUUAAUAUUAAUUAGCAAAAUUACUGAUCUCUGGGAUUUUUUCUUCUUUUUCUUUGUUUUCUCUGUGUUUCCUGUGUGACCAAGUUACCAGACUCACUUUAGUAAGUCAUAGCUUGUAUAGGUUUUAAACAUCUGUUUUGAGAAUGGAUAUAAGGUUAGAAUUUACUUAGAAUUUUAGUUUAAUAUUUAGAAACAUCAUAUGAAACACUGACAGACAUAAUCAUCAUUUGUUUACAAUUAGAUUUUUACCUGGCUUUCUGUGAGCUUUCCAUUAUUUGUAUAUAAAAUAUUGGCACUUUGAAGAGUGAUACCUUAAGUAUUAGCGAGUAUGUACAUAUGUUAUAAUUUUUACUUUUUGGUGUCCUUUGACCAUUUAGCUGCAUAAUAAUGUGCAUACUUUUUAAAGGCUUAUGUUUGUUCUGUUGAAUUCCAGAGUCCAUCUCCAAUUUGCUAAAUAGAAUUAUCCCUUCUAAUUCUCCAUCUUCAGAACACCACCAAGGUGUUCCACAGAAAGAUCACCUGAGAAAGAAGCAAAAUGAACUUUCUAGAACCAUUGUGAUCUUUAUUGAUUGUAGUAUAUACCUCACUCAAUAUUGGCAACUCUGCUUCAGUGAAAUGGUCGGCUUUUUAGCAUAGUUCUGCCUGGAAAGGGCCUGUUACCUCAGACUUCUGCCUUUUAUCAUCCUCUAGAACACAAAUGCAUAAUGACAUUUAAGUCGCAAAUUUAUUACUUUUAUCUGGUCUUCAGAUGUUGUAAUAUAGUGAGCUAACAGUUAUCUGUGCUAAUUUGGAUCAGAAAUGACACUGAUAUAAGUGUACGGAAUACUUCAACUUUUUUUAGCAGUCUUAACUGCCUGUUUCAUCAGGGCUUUUACUAUGACUGUGAACAAGUGACAAUUUCAUGAAUUCUCUCUGUACCUCCCCACCACAUACAGAUGAAGCACUAAUGAGUAACGAACAUUCUUCCCCAAAAGAGGGGUAGCGGGGGUUGAAGGAAUCAACAAUAAGGAGGAUGAAAAGUUUAUGUAAUUAAUAAUCAGCUUCCCAAUAAUGGACUUGUCCAUACUGUCUUCUGUCUCACCAGAGAAUUUAGUAAUUUUGCUCACUAUGGAAUCCCUUUCAGUUAUCCUUCUGCAGCAUAGUAAAAUUAGUAAUUACCCAAGCCAAAUAUAUUUGUUUUACACACUAUAUGAUACUUCAGUAAUAUAUUGAAGAAAAGGCUGCCUACUAGUGCUUUUUCAUCACUGAGCUGGAUUGACUUGCUGCUGAUAGUUACUUGACUGUCAAAGUUCUUAUUGCAUGUGAACUGUUUCAUUCUGGUUAAGAUAUUUAAUAUGAGUGAGGAAUUUCUGUUGUUGUUUCUCUCCAGCCAGAUCAGGUUAUCUUUUAGAAAUAGUUUUACACUUUAGACUGUACAUUGUAGUGAUGUAUUUCUUAACAUGAAUUGUGAGGAAUAAAAAAUAAUGUGAAUUUUGAAGCUAUUUUAACAGAGAGAAGACUUUAAUAGCCUCCACAAAGUUAGACUAGAAACAGUGGGACUGUUUCCCAAAUGCCAGGAGUCCAGCUUAUAUCCUCGUUUAGAUACUUUUUCUGAUCAUGCUAAUGAACUUGACAAAAAGCCCUUGUCUCUUGUUCUGGCAGAGGUAGAGUCACUGGUUUAGAAACAUAGUGAUUAUUGCUUACUUUUUUUUCUCUGAUACUCAAUACCUCAAAAUCCCUAUUCCCUUUGGUAUGUUGCAGUAACAUUGUAAGAAGUUAGGGCUGUGGUUAUGAGAAUUACUGAGCAUUCUGGGAGAGGUUUGAUUUAUUGGUAAUUUUAUACGAAUUAACAUAUGGAAAAAUAACAUGUUUUUGUGUCUUGGUUUACUCUGAAUAAAUGCAGGGUUUUGUUUGUAGAAUUGUAAAGUGAAGUCAAAGCAUACCUAUGAAUCCCAAGCAUUAUAUAUUUGCCAAUAUGCUUUGUGUGUUUUAACCUGAUGGUACUCAAAGUCAUUGUUUCCCAACCUCAACCACUAAGAUAGAUCCUGGUGCUACUUGCUUAGUAUUGUGCAUCUGAUAUUUCUAGCUCCUGCACCAAAGAGUUGAAAUGUUUUGUUGUUGUAGACUGAAAGAUUUUUUCCCCUGUGUGAAGUGACUAAAAAUAUGUUUAAUUUUAUAAAAAUUUAAUUUAAUGUCAGAUCAGUUUCUAUUUACAGGUCCUAAUUUAUAUUCAUUGUUGCUUUGGCAUAAUAAAUUUUAAAUAGCUCUUCUUCAGACCUUUUUUCCCCCCAGUUAGGCCUGAUAGUGAUAGAUGUUUUUUAAUUUAAUUUUAUUAUUCUAAUGUAAAUUUACUACCUUACAGAGUAAUUUAACAAACUGCUUUUAAAAUAGUAGAAGCUUUUCAUAAGAGUUAUACUUUGCUUUUGUGUAAUUGAAGAGCUUCAUUUUUAUUAAAAGAACCAUAUACCCUAAUAGACCUCUAUUAAAUUAUGCUGGAACAGUGUUGUAUCAUCCAAAGUUUUUCCUAUCCAUAGUUGAAGGUCACUUUGAAGUUAUACCAUUUGCCUUGCUAUUAAAGACAAAAAUUAACUUACACUCUUUUUUUAAAAAAAGGCUCAUGUUUCCCUAAGAGGUACCCUCCUUGAGCUAAAGCAAAUAUGGUAUGUGAAAAUUCAUUUUUACACAGGAUAUAAAUUUGGGAAUGGUUAUUUACUUUACAGAUGGAUUUACAGUAUAAUUCUUAGUGCAAGUUCCUUUAGUGCAGUGCUUUCCAACCUGUGUUCUCCGUGGCCUUGCUAUGUGAAAAAGGAGUUCUGUGGUGAAGAAAAAAAAAUAGGUGGCUCACUGAAGCUGCAGCUAACUGAACACCUUAUCCCUGAAAGAGGAGCAGAGCCAUGGGUAAAGAUGGAGGAGAGCGCCCUUGGCUAGGAGCUCACAGGAGUCUAAACAAGCCUUUACUGACUUGAAAGGGAAUGGGGUCAUGUGUGAGCCAAAGUCCAGAGAUCCCCAAUUCCAUCCCACUCCAGCGUACUUAAGGGUAUCAAAGUGGCAGCCUAUGUGCCACAAAAAUGUUCUCAGUAUGACUUAAUCCUGUUUUCCCUGACUUUUUCACCCACCCCCAUUCCCAAGACUCUGGUGCCCAGCAUUUUUUUUUUCUGUAUGAAAGGUUUCUGAGACCAAAUUAUUUUAGAAAAUAAAACCUUCAUAUACUAAAAGAUAGGAUUUGUUUUAUAAAAAUUAGAUGUUACAUAAACUUCUGGAACACACUAAUAGCAUAAAAAGAGGUAUAUUGUAAAUUAAACGAAGAUGGAGUUCUUUACUCUUCAUCCAGGAUAAGGCAUUACUUGAACUGGGUGAGUGCCCAUUUUUUGUAGGAUUAUUUCCCUUAUUUUUCUUUUCUUUCCAUUUUCAUCAUACAACCAAUUAAGUCUCUUAAAAAUUUCAGCUGAAAUGUUACAUCAAGUUUAUCAGCAUUUAUGUUAAUAAAAUAGACAAUCAAAUUUAAAAUAAUGUUUUACAUUGUUCUUGGUUAAGAUUAAUCUUUGCUAAAUAUAGGUAUAGUGUGUGGUAUUGCCAUGAUUUUCCCAGAUACCUACUUGAAUUGAAAAUGCAGGUGGAACCUGUGAAUUAGAAGUAUUUUAACAGAAUCUUGACAUCAAAUUACAGUGAAAUUCUAGGACAAAGUAAGAGCAAACAAUAUGUCUCUCCAGGUUGCAACAUUAUGUAGAAUGUGUUGCCACCAUGUUAAUUCCAAGCCAGGUGAUUUAUUUCUGAAUUGUUUGAUGUGCCCUCAGUGAGUGUGAUGAUUUGGGCUAACGUUGAGCAAGGUGGCAGAAAUUGCCCCAUAAUAAGAUAAAGGAAAAAAGGACAUUUUCAGACUUUUGCAAGGAUAGGUUAAACCAGUAGAGGGAUACAGUGGGACCAGAUUGAAAUACCAUAACAGAGGUAUUGAGACUCGUGCAGAUUUAAUUUAAGGUAUGAGAAGAAGGGUCUCUGUCAUGGGGCAGAGUACAGAUUGGCCAGUUUAUUUGACCAUGUUUUAUGCCUCUAGAAUUUGUCAUUUCUUUUUAAAUCCUUAAUGCCCUAUGCCAAUCAAAUUUGACUGGGAAUUGUUAGUGAUAAGGCCAAAUUUGUGCUGCUCUGAGAUACAGAAAAUGUAUGUCCACUCGUUGUUUGUGUGUGCAUAUUUGGCAUAUAUUCCUGAGACCAUGUUUUAACCGUUUCUAUUCU